UCGAACAUGAACGUGCGCUUCAAACUUGCCCAUCCGUUGAACAAAUUGUUUUGGCUCUGUCUCCUUACAUUGGUCUAUUUUGUAUUCUUUGUGCCAUUUAGGAGUCGCGAAAAAAUGAAAAGCAAACAUAUAGAUUUCCAAUCAGAGAGUGAUGAGAGUGAGAUUUCAAACGAUAUUGAAUAUAGCUAUGAUAUUGAUGAGGCGAUAGAAAACGAGUCUCCACCUCAAUAUUUUGUGUUUAAUUCGAAAUGCAAAAUGCCUUACGUGGAUCCUUUUGCGCCCGAGGCCCGGGAGAUAUUCAAGCCGCUACCGUUUGAAACGUGCUCCAAUGAAUCGGAUCUCGUGACACCCGUUUUUGAUAUGAAUCGGCAACGCUAUGUGCUGCAUAUAAAUGAGAGUCUGGCCGCACAUUUGCUUAAGUCUAAGGAUGCCGAUUAUUAUUGCUUUUAUACGGAAGUCACGCGUGACUCAUCGGAUGACAGCUAUAAAAUGGCUUCGCCGCAAAUAUAUUUCUCACAAGACUAUGUCGUGCCUUUGCAUGUGGAAGCGAUGAUAGUCCUGUGCCAUCGUAUGUCCAACGAAUCGGACGUAUUGCAGCACGACGCCUUCUCCCUUGUACAGCCCAUUGGGCGUCCAAGGGCAACACCAAGGCGGAAGCCAAGUGUCCUUAUGUUUGGCAUCGAUAGCACUUCUCGCAUUAAUUUGAGAAGAACUAUGCCAAAAGUCUAUAAGUAUCUGACACGUUGGGGCUGGUAUGAGAUGCAAGGCUACAAUAAGGUAGCCGACAACACAUUUCCCAACCUGAUGGCCGUACUAAGCGGUUAUACGCCAGAUACCGCUAAGGAGCAAGUGUGCGAUACAGAUGAUCGGGAGUGUCUAAACAAUUUUCCGUUUAUCUGGAAAUACCUAAAGAAUGCCAGCUACUUGACGGCGUAUGCGGAAGAUAUAGCCGGUAUGAACACAUUUAAUUAUUUGAAGCCGGGCUUCAAGGAUCCACCCACUGAUUACUAUCUGCGCCCCCUUUUGACUGCCAUCGAGUCGAAGAUGGAGUCGAAGAAAUGUGCCGACUGCACAUUGGAUUAUUGUGUUGGCCGCCGAUUGACGAGCAGCUAUGUCUACGAUUUUUGCAGACAGUUUGCACAGCGCUAUAUUAAUGAGCAGCCCAUUUGGGGUCUGUUCUGGUCGAAUAGCUUUAGUCAUGACGAUUUUGCAUUGCCAUCGAAAAUGGAGCAGAAAAUACUUCAGUACCUGCUGGACUUUGAGAGCGAUGGGGUCUUUGAGGAGAGCAUCUUCAUAUUUUUUGCGGAUCACGGCACACGUUUCGGAAGCUUGUCCUGUUUGACGAGCGGCUUCCUGGACGAACGUUGGCCAAUGCUGUUCAUUUACCUACCGCCCUGGUUUCGUCGCCAGUAUCCGCAAUAUGCCAAGGCUCUGGCUCUCAACCGCAAUCGAUUGAGCUCCAACUAUGAUCUCCACAACACACUUAAGCACAUCAUUGAAAUUGGGGGGACUCCAGAUGGCCGAGAGCUGCCCAAGGCUUACGAUUGCCCAAAAUGCCAUUCUUUAUUUUAUCCCCUAAGUGAGCAACGUAAUUGUGCAGAUGCUGGUAUACUCGAGCAUUGGUGCACCUGUGAGCCAUAUAAAAGGAUUGAGGGCAAAUGGGGCACACGAUUGGCCCCAUUGGUCAUCGACCGAAUGAACGAAUAUUUAGCUGGAAAAAAUUUAUCCACUCUGUGUUCUAGCUUAAGUCUUAGCUAUGUACAUAGAAUCGAGAUUAAGUAUGGCUUAGAUAUUGAUUGGCACAAUGAGAUGCCAAGACUUGAUGUGGCUAACUAUCGGAUAAAGUUCAAGGUGCAACAAAAUAGUGCGGACUUUAUGGCAACGUUUGUGUUUAAUAAUAUUACGGAGAAUAUUGAUUUGAAUGUAGAGACUAUAAGUCGCACGAAUUCGUACGAGGAGGACUCGACCUGUUUAGAAGAUAAAAUUGCUAAAUUAUAUUGUAUAUGUAAGAGUGAUCUGCGACCUUAGCGAAUUCUAGAAUAAUCACGUCAAGCCCUAUCUUAACAAUUUGUCUAUGACGUACAUACUACAUUUGUUUUAAAUUAGUAACACUCUCUAAUGUAUGCAUUACAUCUGAAUGUUAUGGUUGAAAAUACAGCUCUUUGGUUUAGUUAUAAAUA